AAAGUGUUACUAUGGAAACUUAAGCGGGUUUUCAUGAAGUGUUGCUACAAGAAGAGGAAAGAGAAACUGUUCCUUCCCUUCAGGCCUGGACUGGGAAUCUGUGGAUUCUGGCAAAUGCCAGAGGGGCUGCUAUAAGGUGCCAUAGAAAGUCACUAUUUAGUGGGCUGGUGGGGGCUGAUUUGGCCUCUGUGUACCUGAAAUGCCAGGGCCUAUUUCGAUUCACAGUCCAGACCUGCUUCCCUUACUAAAAUCUUGUCGGUAAAUGACAUAUAAAUGAAAAGGGAAUAGAGUCACCUCACAAGUGCUUGCUGGAAUCGCUAUUAUAUCAAGAAAGGAGUAUCCGUGCUCGCUCGAGGUACAUUGGUGGGUUGGAGGAAUAGAAGUGUGUUUGGUCACGUGGAGAGGCCUUACAGAACGAGGAAUGUUUGGCAUCACAGAUCUCACAGCUGGCCUGAGUUCAUUGCAGUUUGAAGCUGGAGUCGAACACAAACAUGAAAGUCUCCUGCCACUGGUGGAGCGGAGCCAUGUUUUGAUGCUGAAUGCCUGUGCUCACUGUGUGUUCUUCUGUAGGCUUCUUUUCUCCUGUCGACAAAAGGAAGGAGGCACAGGCAACCCCUUUGCUGCACACAGGAUCCCUUGGUCGUCUCGCUGUGAGAGUCUGCGCGUGGGCAUCAUUGGUGGGGGACAUUUAGGAAAGCAGAUAGCGAAGUGUCUGAUAGACCUUGGUGUAAUACGAGCAGAAGAUAUCCGUAUUUCUACCCGCCGACCAGAAACCCUGCUGGACCUGCAAGAGCUCGGAGUGCAUUGUUCCUAUGAUAAUGUUGGUCUUGCCACUUGGGCCCAAGUUCUUUUCCUGUGCUGUCUGCCAUCCCAGCUGCCUAGCAUAUGCAAAGAGAUCAGGGAUCAUUUGAAGAAAGCCUGUAUUGUGUACAGUUUGGUCUCUGCUGUUCCACUGCCAAGGUUAAAGCAGCUGUUGUGCCACAGCAGUAUAAUAAGGCCAGAGUACAAAUGUGAGACCAAGGAUGGGGCGCCGGAUCGUCGCAAGAGGAGCACAAUCAUGGCAGAUUUAAAAGAUUUAUCCAUUGUAAAUUCCACAAACCCAGGAAACAUCCAGAAAGGUGUCUGUGUGCUGAACAGGUUUAUAGAGACAAGCAUGUAUGCAGCUCUGAACAUGUGCUCAUUACAAGGACUCUCUUCCAAGGAGGCACUGACUUUCCUGAAUGCUUUAAUCCCUCCGACAGAGCCAUUGGACUUAACGUCCUCUCAUCUGACCCCAGAAGCCUUUGUCAGUCCAAAGUACCUAUCUUCUCUCUCAGACGAAAACCCAUUCCCGUGGUUUGAUCUGUGCACAGUUCAGAGCAAGGAGACUCCAUUCAGUGAGUACCUCACAAGAUCCUUAUGGCUCCGAACAGGCUUGGAAAAACUGUACUUCGCUGCCUUUAAAACUCCCUGAAGUGAAAUAAGCAGCUAUUUCUUACUAUUUCUUUCUUACUGACGGCACUCAGUACUUUUUGUCACCCAUGAUAAUCUCCUCCAGUGCAGGCAACAAAAUGUCUGAAAAUACUUCUCUGUUGAAGUCAGUGUAAAUCUGUACCUGUAAAACAUGAAUUGUGUAACUGUACCAAAAUGUCUUCUGCAUAUUAACUAAAUGCUUUACUGGCUGAGAGUAAGGGUAGGACUCAGUGUCGGAUGCCACGGGCCCACCAGAAAACCUUAGGCCGAGGGCCCAUAUUCUAAACUAUUGGAACCUCACUCAACCUCUUUAUUCUCCUAGUCUCUUUUCUCUACAUACUAUACUCUAUUCUUCCAUUAUUAAAGCUCUCUGUUCCCAUAAAGAAAUGACGGAAUGACCAUGAAAUA